AUGGCCCCUCAUUCUCUUUCUUCCAAGACAAUAGAUAGUCUUCGCGGACUUCUCAAUAAUGCGUGCGAGGUUGAUCUACCGUGUGCCAGUGCCACAGUAGUGAGCGCCACUUCGGAGCUGUUUCACCAUGAGACGGUGGCGAGGAACGGCCAGAACGAUGAUAUUACGAUGAUACCACAGCCGGGCCAGGGGUCACCCAACGAUCAGGUCUUCUGGUUAGCCUCUUGCACGAAACUCAUCACAACUAUUGCCUGUAUGCAACUAGCUGAGCAGGGAAAGCUCACACUUGACGACGGAGAUGAACUCGAGAAACUCUGCCCGGAGUUACGAGACAUAAAGGUCCUCAAUAGUGACGGAUCGACGUCGAAAAAGAACAAAAAGAUCACACUGAGGAUGUUGCUGACGCAUACUGCCGGUUUCGGAUACUCAUUCCUCAACAAGAAGCUUGGGAAGUACAAAUAUAACGAAUUCUCCGGACUUGCCCAGGACUUCCACCAACCACUGGUAAAUCAGCCUGGAGAGCGAUUUGAAUACGGGAUUAGCAUAGACUGGGCGGGUAUUGCCAUAGAGCGUGUUACACAGUCCAGGCUCGGCGAGUAUAUGCAAAAGCACAUCUUCACGCCGGCAGGUAUCAAGGAGUUGUCUCUCUUUCCACCAAAGGACAUGAGAGAUCGACUUGCGGGUAUCUGGCAGCGGGAUGCAAAUGGCCGCUUGAGUCCACGAUCAUAUCCUCUUGACCGACCCUUGGCCCCGGAUCAGGUGUCCGAGACUUUCCAUAGUGGCGGCGCUGGUGUGUGGGGGACUGUGCGUGACUAUGGCAAGCUUCUGAGGGUCCUGCUAAAUAAUGGAACUUCUCCCCUGACAGGCGAAGCAAUUCUCCGCCCCGAAACGGUCGACAUGAUGUUUGAGAACCAGCUGCCGAAUGAUCCCAACUUCGCUCGCGUUGAGCUCCCAGCCGUUAAGCCCGAGCUGGUCCAUCCAGCCAAAGAGCUUUAUCCGCUUUGUCCAGAAAGUGAGCCCCAAGGGUGGGGGCUCGGUUUCAUGAUCUCGGGCGGAGUGACUGGUCGUUCAAACCACACAGUCCAUUGGUCCGGUUUGUCCAACUGUUUGUGGUGGUGUGAUCGAGAAAGAGGGGUGGCGGGUAUGGUCGCGUCCCAGGUACUUCCUUUUGCUGAUCUGAAGGCGGUACAACUGUGGGCAGAUAUUGAAACUGCCACUUACAAUGAUCUUGCGGAAGAUUGA